GUCCUUAAAAUCAACUCGAACGCUCCGGCGUGGUUAUUCGACGUCUUUACCUGACUUGUACAGCUCCUGCAUCCCGCUUCUGUGAAAACCAAACACAAAGAGGUCAACAUGGUGUCGCUGGGCCGCCAGAUGCUAGGCUUCAUCCUGGCCAUCAUCGGCUUCUUGGGGACCAUCAUCGUGUGCGCCCUUCCCAUGUGGAAGGUGACCGCAUUCAUCGGUGCCAACAUCGUAACGGCGCAGGUGAUCUGGGAGGGUUUGUGGAUGAACUGCGUAAUGCAGAGCACGGGCCAGAUGCAGUGCAAGAUCUACGACUCCCUGCUCGCCCUUCCCCAGGACCUCCAGGCCGCCCGUGCCCUUGUGGUCAUCGCCAUCAUCUUGGCCGGCUUCGGUAUCAUCCUGGGUAUAGCCGGGGGAAAGUGUACCAACUUCGUGGAUGAUAAGGCAGCCAAAGCUAAGGUGGCGAUCGCGGCAGGCGUGGUCUUCAUCUGCGCCGGGGUCAUGGUACUCAUCCCAGUGUCCUGGUCUGCCAACACUAUCAUCCGGGAUUUCUACAACCCGAUCCUGACCAACGCUCAGAGGAGGGAGCUCACCAUCAUGCACUCCAUGGGCAUGCAGAUGGCCGGCUGCGCCCUGGCCCUCUUGGGCUGGAUCGGCGUGCUGAUCGCGUGCGGCUCGCCCAUGUGGCGCGUAACCGCCUUCAUCGGCAGCAGCAUCGUCACGUCGCAGAUCAUGUGGGAGGGUCUUUGGAUGAGCUGCGUGGUCCAGAGCACGGGUCAGAUGCAGUGCAAGGUCUAUGAUUCCAUGCUGGCUCUGAGCCAGGACCUCCAGGCCGCCCGGGCCCUGGUGGUGGUCUCCAUCGUCAUCGGGCUCGCCGGUGUUCUUGUGGCCUUCGCCAGUGGCAAGUGUACCAGCUUCAUACCUGAUAAAAGGGCCAAAGCGAGGGCGUCGGUGGCCGGCGGAGUUCUUCUGAUUAUCAGCGGGUUUCUCAUCAUCAUCCCCGUGUCCUGGACCGCCAGUAUCAUCAUCAGGAACUUCUACAACCCGACAGUGGUGGACGCACAGAAGAGGGAGCUGGGGGCUUCUCUCUACAUCGGCUGGGGAGCGGGGGGACUUCUGCUGCUGGGAGGGGCCCUCUUGUGCGCCAGCUGCCCCCCCAAGAUGGAUGAAGCGGAUUCCGUGCACUACUUGGUGAACAGAUCCAUGGGAGUGUACAGCAAACCCAACUCGAUGACCUCCUACACGCCGACAAAAACGUACAUUUGAGACUAGUCAAGUAAAAUCUGGAAAAGGGAACAUGAAGGACGAGCAUGCUCGCUGUCUGGCAUGAUUUAUUUUUUGUAUAUAUUAUAUUGUGUAUAGACACAUGGGUGGAAAAAGUAGGUGGACAGUUUUGAUUAUGAAACAAAUGCUCUCUAAUUGUUGUCCUUUAGCAUUAACACAUUCCUGUAGAGUAGUUUCUACUCUUAAACACUGAUCUCUUUAUUGUUCUCAAUUUCUUGGAAUGGUUCGCUUGUGAAUUUACACGUCAACAACAGUACGUGGUUUUCUUGAAUAUAUUUAUACUAUUAUUUUUGACAACACCCCAAAAGAAGAAAUCCAUAGGGGUGAGUUCAAUAACAAAGAACGCAGAACGCAACUCUUACAACUGUGUACCUACUUUUGCUUGCCCCCUGUAUAUUUGGAUGGACAGUUUCUUGUUUUACUUCAGUGACCUAAUGUCCGCGUGUCCGACUUUGGAUUGAGAGUUACCUUUCCUCAUUUUACUCCGUGACUUACUGUUCCAGGUGUUGGACAUUUGAUGGACAGUUAUGAGGUUUUGCCGUUUCACUUCUAUAAUUUAGUUUCCCAGGUGAAAGUUAGGACAUUUUCUUGUUUCACUUUUGUGACUUACUAUUCUGGUUGGACAGUUACGAUAUUUUUAUCAUUCUGGGUGUUAAUUGACAAUAGCAUUUUGUUGUUCUACUCUCGGACUUACUUUUCAAGGUGUCGGACGCUGGAAGGACAGCUAUGAAAUAACUUUUUCUCAUUUUACUCUGUGCCUUACUGUUCCAGGUGUUGAACAUCGGAUGGAGAGUUGUGACAUUUUAUCGUUUUACUUCUGUGGCCCAUUGUUCUGGGUGUUGGACGCUGGAUAGAAAACUAUGAGAUUUUCUCAUUUUACUAAAUGACUGACUAUUCCUGUGUUGGAUGUUGAAUAGACAGCUAUGACAUUUCUGGUUUUUCUUCGGUGACUUACAGUUCUGUGUCGGACGUUGGCUAAGCAGUCAAUAUUUUCUCAUUUAACUUCGCUGACCUGGUGUAAGAUUAAGCUGGAUGGACAAUUAAAAUGUUUUCUCGUUUGACCCGUGAGUUACUGUUCUGGGUGUCAGAUGUUGAAUUGAGUUAUGACAUUUCCUUGUUUUACUCUAUGAGAAUGAAGGAAAAAGGCUUGAAUGAAGAUGCUUGCUGUCUUAAAAAUGUCUUUAAAAGACAACUCAAUAGGGCACGCUCAUUACAUGUAUUCAUUAUUUCAUGAACUUUUCUAAGUUUGUUAGUGUUUCUCGUCACAAUAAAUUUGCUCUCUCGGUUAUAA